AUGUAGUUACCAAUUAUUUUCACAGAUGAUAAUUCAUAAGAUACUCUAGUAAAAAACUACUUCGCAAAUGCAUUGAUCAUUGUUGAAGAAAAAAACAUUAUUAUAUAUGGAGGAAGUGCAAACAUUAAUUAACCUUUACCAUUUGUCGCUCUCUAUAUAUUCAGAUAAGAUAAUCAUAAACUUGUAUGGGCUAAUAGCUAUGACUUGAAUUAUAAUAAAAAUUCAUCAUUAUAAUAUACUUUACCCGCUAAAUUAACUAGUGUCGAAUCAAUGGUUUUAAAGUAAUAUCUUAUUUUUCUCAAUUAAUCUUAUUCUAGAAAUGAAUUCAUUUUCGUCUUGAAUAAUGGAUAAGAUAAUGAUAAAGAACUUUACAUUGGCAUAUCAAAAAUAUCUAUGAAUACCGGAUCUCCAUUAAAUAGUGUUAUUUUGAAAAGUUAAAAUAACCAAUUUAGAAGAUAGUAGAUUGCAAUAAAUGAGAAUCUUUAAAUUUAUGUUUGCAUCUAAGAUUAGAGCCUUGGAGUUCAUCUUCUUUAAAUAGACGCAUCCUUUUAGAAAAUUUUAAAGUAAUUUAUUUAAAGUUUAAUCAUAUUACAGUUAGGCAAAGCUAAUUAACAGUGGAUCUUCGCCUUUAAAGUUGAUUUACUAACUUUCAAUGAUAAAUUUGGUGUAUCGGUUUAAAUGAAAACUUUGGAAAAUACUCCAUAUGUUGGAUUGAGCUACAUUGAUUAGCAAGUAGCAUUCACCUGUAUUGAGAUGAAUGAUGACAUUACUGGGAGUUUUAUUGUUGGAUAUAUUCAAUUUGAUAUUGGUAAUGAUCUUUUGAAAAAGACUAAAGGAUUUUCUCUUAUAGAAGAGGCAAAUAAUUUCAAAAGUGCAAAAUGUGUAACUAUGAGAAUAUAAGAGUCAACAGGAAGAAUACAGAUGUUUUAUGCAGUUAAAACAACUAAUGGUAGAGAUUUAGUUCUAAAUACUAGAACUCAUUACAAGAAUGAAUCAGUGAGUAAUGGAGUGACUUUCGUGGCUGGUAGCUACUUAUUGUAUAAUUGGGAACCUAAUGUAAUAGUUAAACAUAUAAUGUAUCAUAAAAUAUUAGGGUAAGACUACGUGGUGGGUAAUAUCUUGUAUCAAUCGCAGGAUAAUAAAUAUUAAUCUAUGGCAUUGCUGUGGGUUAAUGGUAAUAAAGGCUAUUGUUAUGCUAAUUUAGACAGCAGCAGUUUCUCCGCAGUAUAUUAUACAUUUACUGAGAAUACAAUAACCUCUAAUAAUAUUAAGAUUCUUAUUAUGGAGGUUUACAACAAUAUCACAAGCCCCUUUUAAACCUUUGAUUAGUCAUAUGAAUUGAUCAUAAAAGAUAAACAACUAAUUAAUGCUUAGAAUUUCUAUAACUCUACAUUACAAAAAUUAGCAGCAAAACCAUAUCAAACUGGAGAUAUCAAUAUUCUGCACAUUACUAAUAACUUAUAACCUAUAUACGAUUGCUAUCUAAAUGAAAAAUGCCGAAUACCUAUAGGGAAUUUUACAUUGCCGAAUUGUACCGAUGCAAUAUUAAUAAAUCUUACUAUUCAACAUGAUUCAUGGUCAAAUAAUCCAUAAUAAUUGCUUCCCUUGUUCAAAAAAGAAGAUUUUAAACUAAAUUAGGAUUUGUAUCUUGAAUUUAUUCCAACAAACAGUGUUUUAAUUGGUGAAUAUGAAACUAACUUUUCCGUUUAUAAUGAGAUCGAUGGUGUAUAAUUCACUUAAAAACUUGAAUUUGAAUGA